AUGGCUUUCAUCACCACUUCCUGGUCCUGCUUGUUGCUCCUCAUGGGGGCCGCCCUUGUGGCAUCUGCUCCUUCUUCUCACAGCUACUCAUCCUCCGCCAGGAGUUUCCAUAACUUAAUGGAGCCUAAACAAUUUGACGGUCAUGGCACCUUCCGCAAUACUCCUGAAGACGAGAAUACAGAGACUGUAGGGGAGACAGAAGUGAGUGAGGAAGCUGUCAGGGUUACUAAUAUUCCCGAGGAAGCUGUCGAGGAGUCUUAUAAGGCUCCGGAAGAUCAGUUUUUCAACACGGACCACAAGGACGAACAAAGUCAGGCCCCUGAAGAAGAAGACCAGUACGAGGAACCCCAAGACGGCCACCUCAAGGACUCUGAAGACGACCACAGCGAGGAACCCGAGGACGAAGAAGACCAAAACAAAGAACCUGAACACGAGGACCCCGUGGACGACCGUUCCGAAAACGACGACCUCGAGGACUCUGAAGAAGAUCACAGCGAGGAAUCCGAGGAAGAAAAACACAGCGAGGAGUUCGAGGACGAAGAAGACCACAGCGAGCUCUCCCGCAUGGUCCUCUUCGUUGGUUAUCCCGUAGGUGAGUCGUUGUAG